AUACAUGUCUAUCGGGUUUUGAAUUUUGAAUAAGACGUAAUCUCUAUUUCUUGAAUAAAUGUAUUAUUCGCAUGUUUAAUUGCUUUAAUAGAAGUAGGGUGUUACAGUCAACCUUCAACUACUUCUUUUGGAAAUCUCAGUGUUAUCAAAGUCAAAAACUGCGUCCAAUUAAAAUAUCUAUUCUCCUAUGCUGUAGUUAAAGAACUUUCCCACAUUUCUAAGAUUGAAGUUUGUGAGUGCAAUUCUCUGAAGGAAGUAGUGUUCGGAGACAACAAUUCAAGUGCAAAAAAUGAUAUCACCGAUGAAAAAAUUGAGUUUCUUCAAUUGCGUUCUUUGACUUUAGAACAUUUGGAGACACUUGAUAAUUUCGCCUCUGAUUAUUUGACGCAUCUUAGAAGUAAGGAAAAGUUUCAAGGUGUAGAGCCGUAUGCUUCUACUACACUGUUUUUCAAUGCUCAGGUUGCAUUUUCUAAUUUGGAUACCCUUAAAUUGAGCUCACUUCUCAAUUUGAAUCAAAUUUGGGAUGACAAUCAUCAAUCAAUGUGCAACUUGACUAGCUUGAUUGUGGAUAAUUGUGUUGGAUUGAAGUAUUUAUUCUCAUCUUCUUUGGUUGAAAGUUUUAUGAAUCUCAAACACAUUGAAAUAAGUAACUGUUAUAUGAUGGAGGAGAUAAUAGCUAAAGAAGAUAGAAAUAAUGCUGUAAAAGAGGUUCAUUUUUUGAAAUUAGAGAAAAUCAUAUUGAAGGAUAUGGACAGCUUGAAGACAAUAUGGCAUCGGCAAUUUGAAACAUCCAAGAUGUUGGAGGUGAACAAUUGUAAGAAAAUUGUGGUGGUUUUUCCUUCUUCAAUGCAAAACACAUAUAAUGAGCUUGAGAAGUUGGAGGUUAGAAAUUGUGAUUUAGUUGAAGAGAUAUUUGAAUUGAAUUUGAAUGAAAAUAACAGUGAAGAGGUUAUGACACAAUUGAAAGAGGUUACUCUAGAAGGACUGUGGGAGUUAAAAAAGAUAUGGAGUGAUGAUCCUGAAGGAAUUCUUAGUUUUCAAAAUCUAAUAAAUGUAGAAAGAAUCUAGUGUGAAUGCAGCUCCGGUAUUUGCAUUUAAUCAACUAACUAGUUUACUGCUUUGGGGCUUACAUAAACUCAAUGGUUUCUAUGCUGGAAAUCACACUCUGCUAUGUCCAUCUUUGAGGAAUGUUGAUGUUUUCAAAUGUACAAAGUUGAAUUUGUUUAGAACUCAUUCUACAAGAAGCUCCAAUUUUGGAGAUGACAAACACUCUGUUUUAAAGCAACAACCACUUUUCAUUGCUGAAGAGGUGAUUCCAAACUUGGAGUUUUUGAGGAUGGAACAGGCGGAUGCUGACAUGCUAUUGCAAACCCAAAAUACAAAUGCCCUCUUUUGCAAAAUGACAUGUAUUGGCUUUAAUUGCUAUGACACUGAUGAUGCUAGCUUUUCUUAUUGGUUUCUUGAAAAUGUGCAUACUCUUGAGACACUAGUUGUUGAGUGGAGUUGCUUCAAGAAGAUAUUUCAAGAUAAAGGAGAAAUAACUGAGAAGACUCAUCCACAUAUCAAAAGACUGAUAUUGAUUGAAUUACCUGAACUUCAACAUAUAUGUGAGGAAGGAUCCCAAAUUGACCCAAUUCUUGAGUUCCUUGAAUGCUUAGAGGUUCUUAGUUGUUCUAGUCUGACAAAUUUGAUGCCUUCCUCUGUCACCCUUAAUCAUCUCACAAUGUUAGAGGUAAUAAGAUGCAAUGGGCUAAAAUAUUUGAUCACAACUCCUACUGCACGAAGUUUGGACAAGCUCACUGUGCUGAGGAUAAAAGAUUGUAAUUCACUUGAAGAAGUAGUUAAUGGAGUAGAAAAUGUUGACAUUGCAUUUAUUAGUUUACAAAUUUUGAUGUUGGAAUGUUUGCCAAGCCUCAUCAAGUUUUGCUCUAGUGAGUGUUUCAUGAAGUUUCCAUUGUUGAAGAAAGUAAUUGUGGGGGAAUGUCCUCGCAUGAAGAUUUUUUUCUGCCAGAGACACAAGCACACCAAUUCUUGGAAAAGUUAAAAUUGCAGAAAAUGAUUCAGAAUGGCAUUGGAAAGGAAACUUAAACAAUACAAUAUACAACAUGUUUGAAGAUAAGGUGGGAUUUGGCAGUUUCAAGCAUUUAAAACUAUCUGAAUAUCCCGAGUUAAAAGAGUUGUGGUAUGGUCGACUUGAGCAUAACGCAUUUAGGAGUUUGAAGCAUCUAGUGGUUCAUAAAUGUGAUUUUGUAUCCGAUGUGCUCUUUCAACCUAACUUGCUAGAAGUGUCGAUGAACCUGGAAGAAUUAGAUGUGGAGGAUUGUAAUUCAUUAGAAGCAGUUUUUGAUUUGAAAGAUGAAUUUGCCAAAGAAAUUGUUGUGCAGAAUUCUACUCAAUUGAAGAAAUUAAAACUAUCUAAUCUUCCAAAACUGAAGCAUGUAUGGAAAAAGGAUCCACAUUACACUAUGAAGUUUGAAAAUUUAAGUGAUGUAUCUGUUGUGGGAUGCCAUAGCUUGAUAAGCCUCUUUCCGCUCUCAGUGGCUAGAGAUAUGAUGCAACUUCAAAGUCUUCAAGUAAGUAACUGUGGGAUUGAUGAAAUUGUUGUCAAGGAAGAAGGAACAGAUGAGAUGGUUAAAUUUGUGUUUCCUCAUUUGACUUCCAUUAACCUUAAGUACUUGACCAAACUUAAGGCAUUCUUUGUUGGGGUUCAUUCUCUUCAAUGUAAAUCAUUGAAAACGAUCAAGUUGUUCGCAUGUCCAACAAUAGAGCUAUUUAAGGCAGAGCCUUUGAGACACCAAGAAAGUUCCAAAAAUGAUGUGCUUAAUAUCUCAACGUAUCAACCUCUUUUUGUGAUUGAAGAGGAGGUACUUACAAGUGUAAAGAGUACAACUCAAUUUACCCCGGGGCUCAGAGAGUUGGACUUAUGGGACCUGCCCAAGCUUAAAUAUAUAUGCAAAGAAGGAUUUCAAAUGGAUCCUUUUCUGCAUUUUCUUGAAAGCAUUGAUGUUUACCAAUGUUCCAGUCUGAUAAAGUUGGUUCCGUCCUCUGUUACCUUUAGUUACAUGACCUAUUUGGAGGUAACAAGCUGCAAUGGGUUGAUAAAUUUGAUAACACACUCAACAGCAAAGAGUCUUGUCAAACUCACAACAAUGAAGAUUCAAAGGUGUUAUUGGCUUGAGGAUAUAGUGAACGGUAAAGAAGAUGAGACAAACGAGAUUUCAUUUUGCAGUUUACGAUAUCUAGAACUAAUUUCUUUACAAAGGCUAUGUCGAUUUUGCUCAUGCUUAUGCCCCAUUAAGUUUCCCAUGCUGGAAGUUGUAGUUGUCAAAAAAUGUCCUCAAAUGAAACUUUUUUCAUUGGGAGUGGCCAACACACCAAAUCUUCAAACUGUAGAAAUUGAUGAAGAAAAUCAUUGGGACGGUGACCUCAACCAAACCGUAAAGAAUCUGUUUGAUGACAAGGAUGGAUUUGAUGGUUUAGAGCAUUUAUUUUCCCUAUGAAAAGAAUUGUGGUAUGGUCGACUUGAG